AUGAAGCCCCAGUACAAAACUUGGAGUGCGCACAAAAUUGAUGCCAUGAAGGUCACUAGGCCAAUCGAGACUGAAAGCUUCCCAAAUGCGAAGUUUAAAGUUGCGAGAGGAUCAACUUGUCAAGCCUACGAAUUCACCCUCACAGACAUGCCAUGUUUAAAUCCUAAUGACUCGAUCGUUCUCUACAACAUGUUGAUGCGAGAGAAAGAUAAGUACGAGCCUGUUAUGUCCUAUCUCCAAGUUAUGAUCAAGUCAUAUAUUCAAGAGGUUGGAUCGAUGGAUGUGGACAUUGCCACUGUUUUGAAAAAAAAAAAAGCCGAUAAUUGUUCCUAA